AUGCUGGAGUCUAUGAAUAAACUAAUGAUUGCAGCCAUGUCUAUGAUGAAAGAUGCCCAGAAAAUACAGGCUGAUGCACUGCUUCGCUCUUUUAAUCAGCAACAAAAUGCAUCACAAACACAGGUAACACCGGUUCAAACAAUGACACCAGUUUCAAGCGAUGUACCUAUUACUGUUGUUGCUGCUGCUAAUUUACGUACAUCAGUUGUCUCUUUGCCUCCAAAUCUUUUUAACUCUUCAAAUUCUGAUAUUUCUCAGCAUGCAAAGUCACUGCCACUAGAUGGUGAGGAUAAUGGAGAAAAAUCGAAGCUGUUAGAUGAAUGUAUUUCGUGUCAUCGGUCUAAAAUUUAUCCACUUUCCAUUGCUAAAAGUGAUUCUGGUACACAAACUGAAGCUUUGCCAUUGAAUACAUCGGCUAAAAUUUCGGGUAAAGAUUUAGAUCAUCUUUCUGAACCAA